AUGUUGCAACCUCCUCACCAGCAGAAAGUCAAGCAGAAGCCUCUUGAGGACAAGACCUUGAAAGAAGAAUCUUCUGAUGAUGUAAACACGUCUACGGUUGAUUGGACAAUUAGCGAGGACUAUGAUAUGUCGAAUGUGAAGACCAAGCCUCCUCCAAGACAACCUGUCGAUGCAACAUUUCAAGGAUGGAAAGAAGUUGGCCAUUGGGAAAAAGCAGACACAUUGACAGCAGAAGAUGAAGUGAUUGAUUUGUUAUCCCGUGGUUCUUUUUUAGAUACGCUCUUACCUAGCGUGGCAUAUGGUGACUGGUACCACAAUGCUGCCUACUUGAUUUUAGGCGGGUUAUUGUCCUGGGUUGUCGGUUGGUUCCGUUUUUCAUUAGCUCCUGUGUUUUUCAUCAUGGUUGCUUGUGUUAUUUUAUACAGAAGCUCCAUCAGAAAGUACAGACAGACUUUGAGGGAAGAAGCCCACAGAGAGUUCACCAUUAAGUCUAUUGAAACCGACUACGAGACUAUUGACUGGCUUAACAUCUUUUUGGAAAAGUUUUGGCACUUUUUGGAGCCUUCAAUAGCCCAAAUUGUGUCCGAACAAGUAAACCCAAUCUUGGCCUCUUCUCCUGCUCCAGCGUUCAUCAAAUCAUUAUGGCUCGACUCUUUCACCGCAGGCACUAAGCCUCCAAGAAUUGAUAUUGUCAAAUCAUUAGCCGGAACUGCGGAUGAUGUCGUUGUUAUGGACUGGGGAUGUUCGUUUACACCUAACGAGUUAGCUGACUCUAGCAACAAGCAAAUGAAGAGUAACGUCAACCAAAAGGUAGUGGUAAAGGUAAAGCUAUUUGGACUCACAAUUCCAGUCGCCGUAUCAGAUGUUUCAUUCAAAUGUAUGGUUAGAGUUAGAUUGAGAAUGAUGACUGCUUUUCCUCACAUUGAGACUGUCAAUGUUUCUUUGUUGGAAGCGCCUGAAUUUGACUUUAACUGCAGAUUGUUGUCCCUGGCUGCGUGGGAAGUUUUAGCAUUCCCUGGAUUGUAUCCAUUUAUCAACAAAAUGGUGAAAAAGUAUGCGGGACCGAUGUUGUUUUUCCCUCUUUCGUUUCAAUUAAAUGUCCUGCAAAUCAUGGCAGGCUUCCCAAUGAACUCUGCAAUUGGUGUUUUACUUGUUGACCUCAAGUCCGCUCGCGGUUUGAAGAACUAUGGAAAACCUAAUAACACCGUCGACCCGUACUGUACCCUUGGAUUUGGCAAAGAAAUUUUAGCUAAAAGCAAAAUCAUCGAGAACAAUUCAAAGCCCGUCUGGAAUCAGAAAUUGUACAUUCCUAUUUCAUCUACUGCGGAGCCAUUAAAUAUUGCAGUGUUGGAUUACAAUGGAAAGAAAAAAGAUCAUCAAAUUGGCACAGUGCAGUUUGAUUUGGAUGUCUUGAAUGAGUGCACCAAACAGGAUGGCAUCACUGUUCCCGUUAUCCGUAACAACAAGGCAGUGGGUGAAUUCAAAUUUGGUUACCAUUUCAUGCCAACAUUGAUUCCUCAUAUGGAACCAGAUGGGGCUAUCGUACCACCACCUGAUUUGAACACUGGUAUCGUUAGAGUCGAAGUUUCUGAGGCAAGAAACUUGAAGUCUAAGGAUGGAAAACCAGUCUCGACCUAUGCUGAGAUAUUCUUGAAUGGCAACAGUUACAUCAAGACGAGUGUAGUGAAGAAGAACAAUGCGCCUUCUUGGGGUACAGCCAAGGAAAAGAUUAUCGACAACCGUGCAAAAACAAAGGUUAAAGUUGUGCUCAAGACAUCAGAUGAUAAGACAUAUGGCACAAUCAUCACUAGUUUGAAUGAUUUAAUCGAUGCAUCCCAAGUUGAGGACCCAUGGUUCCAAUUUGCUAAAGGUGGUGAGAUUAAACUUAGCACCACAUGGAAAUCGAUCAGGUUGGAAGGCGCAUCGGGUGCUGGUGGCUAUACCACACCAAUAGGUGUAUUGAGAGUGUCUGUCAAGCGGGCGGAAGAUUUAAUCAAUUUGGAGUCUAUCGGUAAAGUUGACCCAUACACUCGUAUUUUGCUCAACGGCAUCCAAAAAGCUAGAACUACUCCACAGGACUCGACAUUGAACCCAACAUGGAAUGAAAUUUAUUACGUGCCCGUGUCUUCGCCAAACCAAAAACUUACCUUGGAAGUCAUGGAUGUGGAAAACCUUCAUGCAGACCGUACUUUAGGUUCAGUUGACGUGAAUUUACGCGACCUCAUCAAUAAAGACGAGAAGGGUAAAUACAUUGAGUCUGUUGAUGAUUCGGAAAGAGCCUCUAAGUUGAUUUACAAAAAAGAGCCCAAAGGUUCCAUUACGUACUCUUUGUCCUUCUAUCCUGCGCUACCAGUGAUGUCACACGAGGAGAUUCAAGAAGAGGAAGAAGAGAAGAGAAAGCAAGAGAAGGAAAAGAAAGAGAAGCUGACCAAAGACGACCCUUCGAAAAAUGAUAAGGCGAGUGAGAAGAAGAAGGAAAGCAAGAAGAGUGAUGAAGAGGAUGACGAAGAGGAAAAAGAACAUUCUAAUAAGCUCAGAUUGGACUUGGAUGAAUUGUUAACUUACACUAGUGGUGUGUUGGCUAUCGAAGUUCUCGAAAUCGAGUCUUCCAAGACUGAUUGCUUCUUACAAAUCUUUGCAGACAACCACGGUCUUCCCGAUUACGUCACUCCGAAGUUGAAACAGAAGUCCACCAAGAUUAGGGCGACUGGAGAUAUGACAAUUAAGGAAUUGGAAUGGUCGAAGGUCAACUUUAGGCUCGCAAAGAAGGAGGAGCACAACAGAGCUGAGAAACCUCUCAGUGAAGUGACGCUUCCAGUCAUGCAACUUUUGAAGAAUGGCUAUAACUCUCCAACCACCAUUGAAUUGAGUGGUGCUACCGAGGCUUCGGUCAAGUUUCAGGCGUCUUGGAUCCCAAUUUUGUACAAGAAUGGAAUUCCAGCGCUGGACAGCAAGGACAACUGCGGUCACUUGAAAGUAAUCGUUGUUGGUGCUGAUGAUAUUCCGGCUGGAGACAGCAAUGGAAAGUCAGAUCCUUAUGUCAAGUUAUUCUUGAACACCGAUAAGGAGAGCUUUUUCAGAACCAAGAAGGUAAAGAAGACUUUGAACCCUGUUUGGAACGAGGAGACGUCUGUUCCUGUGAUAAACAAGUAUGACUCUACUAUCAAGGUUGAAUGUUAUGACUGGGAUGUUGGUUUGGAACAAGACGACUUCUUGUGUUCUGGAACAGCUAAACUUUCCGACGUUACUACAGAGGGCGAGACUGAGAUUGAUGUGGAAUUAUUUGACGAUAAGAUUGAAAAGGCAGGUGUUGCACAUUUGAAAUUGUCGUUCAAACCAGAUUUCAUUCUCAACGUCCGUCCCGAAAGUUCUACUCGUAUUGGUGACGCUUUUGGCGCUGUGGGUACCGGUGUAGGGGCUGGAGUGGGUGCUGUCGGAAGCGUUGGAAAGGGCGUCACUAAAGGCCUUGGAAAAGGCGUUGAAAGUGUCGGAAAGGGUCUUAGAAAGGGUCUACACUUGGGCCGGUCCAAAGACGAUUAG